GCCAGGAUGGACGCAGCUCCUCUAAACCAGACAAACAUGAGUGCACCUGCUUCCUGCGGUGUAGAGUCCUCGGUGGAGAAACUCAUGUAUCCAACUGUCUAUUCUCUUUUCUUUAUCGUUGGCUUUCCGGCUAACUGCCUGUCUCUGUAUGUAGCCUGGAUUCUGAUGAAGAAAGGGAACAAUAUGGCGGUCUACCUCGUCAACCUGUCCAUCUCUGACCUGCUCUACACGAUCACUCUGCCCGUGUGGAUUGAGCUGGCUCUGAAGAGGCCCCUGGGUAGCCUCUGCAGUUUGGUGGCUGUGAUCAUGCACAACAGCUUCUACGUCGGCUCAGGCCUCCUUUGCUGCAUCUCCGUUGAUCGCUAUCUUGCAUUGGUCUACCCUCUCCGCUUUCACCGCGUCCGAGAGGUGCGGACAGCAGCACUUGUGAGUAUUGCUGUUUGGGCUUUGGAGAUUGCCAUCCACAUCAUCUUGCUUGACCACACGGGGGCGCUGCAAGCUUUCUCCUCAAGAAACCUGUGUGAGGAGCAGAUCCCCAUGACACAAGAAGUUGCAGACCUCACCCUCACACGAGUCACCCUGGGGUUUUUGGUCCCGACUUUCAUCAUGACCUUCUGUUUUCAGCAGAUCAUGCAGUCACUCCGACGGAGCACCUCCAUCCUGACAGAGGAGCGCAGGAAAGUGGGACUGCUUUUGUUUUUCCUUCUGCUCACCUACAUUGUGGCGUUUUUGCCCUACCAGAUUGUCAUGCUGCUCAGGGCCAUACUGGAGCCCGGGACCUGCGUCUGGGCCGCAAGGCUCAGAGAUCCUUACCUGGUCACAGUUGCCACGACCACCAUAAACAGUACCCUGGAUCCUAUAAUAUACUGUUUAAUCAGUGAGAGUGCUCAGAGAGAGAUUGGGAAUGCUGUAGAGAAAUGUUGGGGAGUUUUUGUUAAGAAGAAAGGGACAAAGAAUAAUGGAAUUGAGUCAGUUUCUUAACAAUAGAAUUACCUAUUUGUUUAUAUUUUCAUCCUUAAUUUGCAAUGUGAUUGUGUAUUUUAAGAGGUAAUAUCAAAUCUAAGCAUUCAUAUACUGAUGCCUUUUUACUGAUAAUGUUAUGCGGAUGCAAUGUGAUGUUAUAUUGAUUAUGUCCACACACUUCUGAACCAAAUCUACACCACUGUGUUGAUGGUUUAUUGGUCAAACUAUAUCUUUUAUUACACUAAUGUACAAUGGUCGACUCUGGAAAAGACUGAUCUGAUAGUUUAUUAUUUAAUUUAAAUAGCAGACGUUUAAAACAGCCUUCUCUGGGUUGUGGGGUUUUUUUUUUGUUUGGUUUUUUUGCAUUAUUCCAUUAAUUAAAGAUUAGGUUCAGAAGUCUUUCUGAACACAGUCCUUACAUGCCCAUAGGUACACAGAUCUCAUGCAAGAAAUGAUAUAUGAGCAGAUUUUCUCUGUUUGUUCUUAUUUUUGUUAGUGCCCAUUGACUUCUGGAAUUCACCUGCGUUUUCUUAAUUUUCCUUUUCUCUUAGGUAAGAGAAAAUUUUAUGAGUGGUUGAGAGCACUCUUACCAAAAUAAGAGAUAAACAUCUGCUUUCACCGUCCACAAAUUGUUGUCCAACGCAAGGGAAAAAUACGUUUUAUGUUCGAGGAACAUUUAGAAAAUGUAUGAAUAUAAUAUAAUCAAUUUUAAAUCAUGAAUUAAAAUAAUCCAAGGCUAAAAAAUACUACUAUGUCUUUGUCCACUGAUCCUAAUUACUCAAAUUUCAGUUACUGUGGUGUCCCUCUGCUGACCAGUGCUUUUACUUUUAAUUGACCAUUGUACAUUAGUAUUUUAAUUUCUUGCCACUACUUCUACUCCAUUACACUUCAGAGGGAAAAUACUGUACCUUUAUUCCAUUACAAGUGUUUAUUAUUAAGUUACUAAAUAGAUUACAAAUUAAGAUUUUUUCAAACGAACCUCAUGAAAACACACAAGUGCAGCUGAAACUAUAAGUUGAUUAUUAGGAAAUUAAUUGAUAACUAUCUUCAUAAUCAUUUAAGUCAGUGGUUCCCAACUGGUCCAGCCAUGGGGUCCAGAUUUCUCCUUAGUCAUUAGUUCAAGGUCCACACAGUCUAAUUUAUUCAGCGUCAUACUUAGAUUUGACCAGUGUUGGGUAAGGGUUACUUUAAAAGUAAUCAAAGUAUGUUACUGUGCUACUUUCUAAAAAGUAACCAGUUACUUUACUGCAUUACUCCCUGAGUAAAGUAACUCAAUUACUUUAAAAGUACUUCCAACGUUACUCCCUGAGAAAAGUAACUCAAGCACUUUUAAAGUACUUUUGAGUAUUCUACAUUUCCUAUUGGGAAAUGGACCACAGGGUGCUAAGCCUACAUUUUUUGCCUCCAAAAUUAAAGUUAUGGACCACUUGCCCUUCACUGAGAUCCAAUUCUCCCAUCGCAGCCGUCACUUUGACCAGUAGAAACACAGAACGAUCUGCUGCCAUAGACAACUGUAUGACAACAACACCCCAGCAUUUUUAAUAUUUCCUCUAGGGAUGUUACCACACAGAGUAAAAGGGGGAAAUGAUGGUGUGAAACAGCAGAGGCACUUUGUCAACCCACUGAGUUAACGUUACUGUCAUUAGCACCAAGCUAGCAAACAAUGGUACAUCCUCACGGUCGGACAUAAAGUAAUAGGCUAACAUUAACAAAUAGCGGCGGGGCUUUUACUCACCACAACUGCAGAGGCUCCCAGCUUCAUUUGAAACAAACUACAUUAUAGACGGUCGUUAUUUAUUAAUCCCUCUGUGUGUUUAUAUAUUUAGUCUACUUUUUAUCCGCUCAGUUGUCUUUGUAAAGUUAACAUAUCGCACCGUCAUUUCAAACUCAACACUUGUUUCAAAUUAAAAGCCCCUUAUAUCCUCGGCUAGAGAAUCCCUCCAUUUUCUAAAUAGGCUUUUAUUCUGAAACAUUUGUCAGAACUUCCUGUGGAAGAUACAGUAGCUUGACAGUUUACGUAUGGCGCUUCAAAUGUAGCUCCUGCCAUCUGCUGACGCUUUUAGGUGACUACAACAACACGUCGGCUGGCACACGAACAGACACAGUGAGGCAUAAUGCAAGUCCUGAGUCUGAAAUAUGUCUGUCAGCGCAUCCUACUCCACCUAUUAGACUCCACCGUACACAACGGCAGCAUUUCUCGGACCACGUAGCGAGCCACAAGCUCCGUGGCUUCUUUCACACUGAUAGGUUUAGCGUUAUCUCCGUUAUUAGAACCAAACGACAGCCGUUGCUGUUUCGGAGCUGAAGGACCAGCGUUCUAAAAUUAACAGAAGUAACUCAUGUCUUGUUUGAAAAUGUACUUAAGUAUUUGAUUACUCAAACAGCAAACUAACGCAUUAGGUUACUCGUUACUGCAAAAAGUAAUCAAAGUACUCUAACGCGUUAUACCCAACUCUGGAUUUGACAGCGUCGUCGAGCUAGUUUGCUGUCUUUGUUACGUAGCUUUCCGUUGGUCACUCAGUCUACAGCAGGAAACAGCACUUCCAAAUAAAUUCUCUGUGCCUGAAAUUCACUGUACUUAAAAAUAAAGUGUGUUUUUACAAACUUGACAUGUUUGGGAGUGACUUGUGGCCCAUUCAGAAUGGACCCGUGACCCAUUCAGA